AUGUCCUAAGAUGGAAGUAAGGAUGAAGAGAUUUAUGAAGAGAUUCCAAGGUAGUAUCUAAACAGAGGUCACUACAUGGAGAACAUGAAGUUCCCAGACAACAGUAACGAGCUAAUUAUUAUCCCAUCGAAUAGAAAAGGUACGGGAUUUAUUAAGACUUGCUAUGAUCCUAGAUUGAAAGGAAUAAUGAGUGAAUAAGAGUUUAAAUUUGUGAUUGAGCAAGCAGCUAAGAUUAACGCAAAAGCCUAUUCUGAGAAAAGAAUAGGAGAUGCAGCAUAAACACCUAAAUGGUUUGUUUGGAUAUUAACUAUAUCUAGUUCUCUUACAGGUGUUGUGAUGCUUAUGCUAUAUCUUUCAAUUUUCCAAGAUGAUCCAACAACCAUUCUAAUGGUGGCAUAUUCAAUUCUAGCAACUUGCCUUACUUUGGUCUCAUCAGUAAUGAUCCUCAACUAUAAAUCUAAAGAUGCAUCUACAGUUCCAUUUACUAAAAUAGUAAAGGUGUGUCUAGAUGAGUAUUUUGAUAAGGUAAAUAGAAUUUAUGCCAAAAGAGGUUUGCAAUGGAAAGUGGCCCCUGGGUAUUAUUGGAUUGAAUUAAGUAUUGAUACUACUAUGAAGCGAAACUAAAAGAAUAUGAUUUACGAGGCACCUGGAGUAUUUAGAACAGACUUUGCUGAGUCUAUAAAAAGUCCAGCUAAACUUACCAAAGCUAAUACUAAUAGUAUUUAAAGUGAAGAGGAGGAAGAUGAGGAGGGGAAAGAGGAUUGA